UGUCUUUUAUUUUAAAAUAUUUUCUUCUGGGGGAGGGGGGAGGGGGGCAAAAGAAAGGAAAGAGCAAAUAAAAAAAAAAUCAAAAUAACCCCUCCCCCAGAACACACACACUCACACACGAACACACACAGCCUACAAAACAAUUGUCCUUGGAGGAGAGAGAAAAAAAAUCUGACCCCCUAAACUCCCGAAUCUGGUGAAUGAGGGGUUGUGGAUGGUCUGUCUUCGAGCCCUGGGCAGGCAAGGGCCCUUCUGCAAAGAGAGGAGGAUGAUGGCCAGCGGGAACGGGCUCCCUUCUCCCACGGUGGCCACCAAGCGCCCCUCACCCCUGGGCCCGUUCCCCAGGCAUAUCUGGAUCCACCAGGAUACACCACAAGACAGCCUGGACAAGACCUGCCAUGAGAUAUGGAAGAGGGCCCAGGGCCUCCCAGAAGCCUUCCAGCCUAGGACAGGGGCAAUGAUACCAGCACAGCCCACUUCUGCCCCACCUGGGGCCCUCAGAGACCACGACAGCACUUUCCAGGAUGAAGCUUUGGAGCAGAGCUGCAGCAAGGAUGAGAUCUCCCUCCUGGUGGAGCAAGAGUACUUGAACCUCACAAAAGAAAACUUGAGCCUGGCCAGAGACAGCCCUGGGGAGCUGGACACCGCAGGUGACGCCCCUGAGCUGAGCAGGCCGGUUACUCCGCCUUUCCCUCCUCAUGUUCUGGCCCAGGCCGGGAGCCUUCCCCCAUCUCUUGCCUUUGGGGGGGACCAGUUGUUGGGUCAGAAGAAGGCUGUGGGGCAGGCCAUCCAGCCCAUGCUCAGUGGGCCAGGGGACAAGGAGCCACCUGGCCGCCCUGACUGUGACUCAGUUAAGUCAACAGUUACAGGGAUCCUGCGCUCAGCCAAGGGCAAGGGCACCAAGGGUGGGGAGGAGGGCAUUGCCAGCCUUGCAGCCUCCAAUUCAGAGAUCAGCAAGCUCCUGGCCCAGUUCCCCCUGAAGCACAUUGAGUCAUCCAAGGCCCCUGACAACAAAAUGGUGCUGGAGGAGACCAGAGUGAUCAAGGACUUCCUUCAGAACAGUAUGUUCAGUGGCCCUGGCCCCAAAGAGCCUUCAGGGUCUGCACCCCUGCUUCCUCUGCCACCACCACCACUGCCAGCACUGCCAGAGAAGGCCCCUGAGCUCCCGGGGCAGAAGAGACAGCUCCCAGUGUUUGCCAAGAUCUGCUCCAAACCAGAGGCUGACCCCUCAGUAGAGGGGCUCCUUGCUAUGGAGAGGACUCCAAGCUCCAAGGAACUGGUCAAGGCCCCCCGAGAUGCCCUGGUUCCCAGCCAGUGGCCCCAGAGCCGGAAGGACAUGUGCAGUGAGGAGGGCACUGGCAGCAGCAAAGCCAGCAGCAUGUUUGUGUCCCUGCCCUCCAAAAAGCCACCAUGGCCCACGGAAAAGAACCUGCUUUAUGAGUUCCUCGGGGCAGCAAAGAAUCCCGAUGGACAGCUGAGAUUACGGAGCAAAACAGAAGUCGAAGGGCUGGAGCUGAAGUUCAAUGCACCAAUGACAAUUGCAGACAAGAACAACCUCAAGUACACUGGAAACGUGUUCACGCCACGCUUCGCCACAGCCUUGACCUCAACAGCACUGAAUCAGCCGCUCUGGCUCAACCUGAAUUAUCCUCCACCUCCUGUCUUUACAAACCACUCAACCUUCCCACAAUACCAGGGCCUGUAUCAGCAGAGAGCACGGAUGCCCUACCCUCAGGCGCUGCACCCCCAGCUGGGAUGCUACUCCAGACAGGUGACGCCCUACAACCCGCAGCAGAUGGGACAGCAGAUUUUCAGAUCAUCGUAUACCCCCUUGCUGAGUUACAUCCCUUUUGUCCAGCCUGGCUAUUCGUACCCACAGAGGACACCUCCUAAGCUGUCCACCAGCCCCCGUGACCCUUCCCCCAUGGCAGGAGAUGGGCCACAGUACCUCUUCCCCCAAGCUUAUGGGUUGAAAGAGGGGUAGUGGUAUGGCUGGCCUUCGAGUUAGAAAGACCUGGGUUCAAGUCUUAUGUCCAACACAUCCCAGCUGUGUGAUCCUGGGGAAGUCACAACCUCUCAGUGUCCCAGGAAGCUCUUCAAGACUACACAUUUCAGAGAAGAUGCUGAUCUGCAUUAUAGAGGGAAUUUACUCAUCAUGAGGAAGCUUCAAUACCAAUGAAACCUGGUAAAUUUGGUUUUUUACCAUAUGUGGUAAAAAAAAAAUGAAUUGAACAGACUGGCCUCAGAGGUUUCCUCCCUCCCAAUUUUGUGAGUCAGGGAUAAGGAAGAGGAAGUACUACCAGAAAAAAAUCUCAGAGUAAAGGAGUGGAAAUGGGAUUAAGGAAGCAGAAAAGGAUAGGAAAGCCUUCUUUUCUGGUUUCCCUGAGAUAAGAGAUAAGGAAAAAAGAAUUGGUAAAACAAAUAAAUAUGUUGAAAUGUAGAGGAGGCAAAAGAAAAAAGUUGAGGGACCUUAGACCAUUAACUCUUAACAUUCUCAGAAAAGUGGAAAGUGACCAUAUAGAAUUUAUUCUUUAUCUAAGAUUUCCCCCUUUCUGGAAUGGAAUUUAAAAAAUUCAUAGAAUAUAUCCACAAGUGUCCUAACCUCUUCCCACCUCCCUGCCUUGCAGAAGGUAUUAAGAAAAUUAUGUCUUUCAUGUUUCCAUCUUUUAGUUCAUUCUCUGGAGGUAACUCACAAUUUAUUCUUUAAGAAUUAAAUCAGUAGCUGUGUAUGAUAUUCUUUUGGUUCUAUCAUUUUGCUAUUCAUUAUCCCACAUAGUUCUUUCCAGGUUUUAUUAAAAUUAUCCUGUUCAUUGUUUUGUAUUCCAUCAUAAUCAUAUAUCCCAAUGUGUUUAGCCAUUCACCAAUUGAUGGACAUCUCCUCAAUUUGCCACCAAAAAGAGAGUGACUAUAAAUAUUUUGGAACAUAGAGGUUCUUUUGCUUUUCCCCUGAUCUCCUUGGGAAACAGACUCAGCAGAGUCUAAGGGUAUACAUAGUUUUAAAGCUCUCUGGCUAUAAUUCCAAAUUGGUCUUACUGUCCCCGUUUUUCCACAUCCUCUCCAACAUUUGUCAUUUUGCCCUUUUGCCAUUUUAGCCAAUCUGAUGGAUAUUAGAUGAUUUCUCAGAAUUGUUUUGGUUUGAAUUUCUUUAAUCAGUAAAGAUUCAGAGAAUUUUGGCUUUGAUUUCUUCAUCUGUCUGUUCAUAUCUUUUGCCUACUUGUAAUUGGGGGAUGUCUUAUAUUCUUAUAAAUUUGUCAAAGUUCUCAGAUACUUUAAAUAUGAGACCUCUACCUGAGAAGCUGUCUAUAAAAAUUUUUCUGCAAUUUUCUGCUUUCCUUCUAAUCUUAGCAACAUUUGUUUUAUUUGUACAAAACCUUUCAAUUUAAUAUACUCAAAAUUAUCCAUUUUACAUUUUGCAUUGUUCUUCAUCUCUUAUUGACUCAAAUUCCUUUGCUCUUCAUAAAUUUGAUACAUAAUGUUUCCUGUUCUUCUAAUUUACUUAUAACAUCUCCUUUUGCAUCUAGAUCAUGUAUCCAUUUUGAUCUUUUCUUAGUGAAUGGUGUAAGAUUGUUUGAUACCUAGUUUCUGCCAAUCUACUUUCUAGUUGUCCCAACCAUUUUUACCAAUUAGCCAUUUCUUAUCCCCCAAACCUGGAUUUAUACUUUUGUCCAAUAUGAGGUUACUAUAAUCUUUUACUAAUAUUUGUUGUAUGUCUGUCCUCAAGUUGGAAAGCUUUUUUUCUUCUAUUCAAAUCCAAUCAUCUUUCAAUGCCCAUUUGAUGUCCCUGCCUCCUCCAGGAAGCCUUUGUUAGUGACUUCAGCCAACUCCAUUCUCUCUUCUUCCUGACUCCUCAAUGCUUUACACCUGUUCCAAUUCUAAUAGAAUAUUUGGCACCGGAUCCCACCUAGUCUUGUCAUUCUGCCCAAUUGUUUUCCAUUCUUAAGCCAUAUCACUCCUACUAGACUUGGAACUCCCUGAGAGUGGGGACUGAAGUCUUUCCUUCUCUUGUCAUCUCCAUAGCACCUAGGGCUUAGCACAGAGUAGGCAUUUACUAACAUACUUAUUACAUUGGAAAUGAAAUAAGGGAUUAGGUUUCAUAGGGAUGAAGGGAAGGAAGCCAAAGUGUUAGGGAAUGUGACUUCAAAUACCUAUCUAUUCAUUGGUUUCAGGUUUGGAAAACCAAUGUCCAAAUCUGUCACAGAGUCCUCCAUUGAUUUGGGAUUCAGUGAGGGUGUAUACUGUUUAUAGAAACAGCAGCAGCCCAGGAAUUUUACUAGCCUGCCUGGAAAGCUGCUUCCUGGGGAUGGUGGGAGGUUUAGUACAUUCAGGAACUUGGCACAGAACUAUGAUAUUUGCUAGCCCAGCAACCCUACCUAAAUAUUGGGGCAAGAACCAUUUAACAAAAGCAUUUGUAUGGAAAGGAUAGCAUGAAGGAUAGUAUGAAAAGCACUGAGCUGAUAAUCCAGAGAACCAGAUUCUAGCACUAGCAUUCCACAUCCCUCUGGACAAGUCAUUUCCCUCAAAUUGGGGUGGAUGAAAGCAUAUCCAAGGUUCCUUCUAGCUCUUCUGUUAUGUGGGCCAAGCUAAUGAUUUCCUAAUGGCUCAGGAGCCCAAAAAUGGACAUGGGAAGAUCUGGUUGGGAAGGGGGAGCUCUCCAGUAAAGGAAAUAAAGGGCUCCUUUUAAUUAUUUUACUUUGAUCAGAAUAAAAUUCUGGGCUUUGGCUGGAGCUCAAAUAUGGCCUCUCCCGAGGAUUCCCAUCUCCAUGCCUGUCACAGGAUUUUGACAAUCACCCAAUUCAAAUGAGAAACUUAAAAAGUGCUGGGCUGAUGAUGGCAG